AUCUCCACCAAAAAUACAAAAAUUAGUUGGACGUUGGUGGUGCUCGCCUGCAGUCCCAGCUACUCAGGACUGAGGAGGAAGGAGAGCCUGAGUUUGAGGCUGCAAUGAGCUUUGAUGGCACCACUGCACUUCAGCCUAGAGAGCACCCUCCACGCCCAGAUGCCUGUGUAGUGUUUGUGACCAGUCUGCUCCUCCCUUGCCCUGGGGCAGCAGAGGGAGGAGCGAUGGAGAACUGGGUGGGCAGGCCCCGGCUGUGUCUGCUUCUGCUUCUGUCCCUGCCUCAGCUCUGCCUGGAUCAGGAGAUGUUGUCCGGACACUUGCUUCAGACACCCACAGAGGAGGGCCAGGGCCCCGAAGGUGUCUGGGGACCUUGGGUCCAGUGGGCAACUUGCUCCCAGCCCUGCGGGGUAGGGGUGCAGCGCCGGACCAGGACCUGUCAGCUCCCUACAUCGCAGCUCCGCAGAAGCCUGCCCCUCCCUCCCCGGCCCCCAAGACAUCCAGAAGCCCUCCUUCCCCGGGGACAGGGUCCCAGACCCCAGGCUUCUCCAGAAACCCUCCCCUUGUACAGGCCACAGUCUCGGGGAAGGGGUGGCCCACUUCGAGGUCCCGCUUCCCGCCUAGGGAGAGAAGAGACCCAGGAGCUUCGAGGGGCCAGGAGGUCCCGGCUUCGAGACCCCAUCAAGCCAGGAAUGUUCGGUUAUGGGAGAGUGCCCUUUGCAUUGCCACUGCACCGGGACCGCAGGCAUCCCCGCAGGCCGCCCAGAUCUGAGCUGAACCUGGUCUCUUCUAGAGGGGAAGAGCCUCUUCCAUCCCCGACUCCAAGAGCAGCAGCAUUCUCCUCAAAUGGCAGCUCCCGGACUGAGCUCCCUCUCCCAUCCCCCCCAGCAGAACCUCUAAGCCCUGAAACUGCUGAGACAGAAGAGCCCCCCGGAACCAGGCCUGCCCUGCCACGGCACCACCCCAGAGCCCAGGCCUCUGGCACAGAGCUGCCCUCACCCACCCACUCCUUAGGAGAAAGUAGCUUUUUCCAUGCAUCCCCUCAGCCCCAAAGGCCAAGUUCCCAGGGUUGGGCUGGUCCCCAGGUAGCAGGGAGACGCCCUAAUCCUUUCCCUUCAGUCCCUCGGAGCCGAGGCCAGCAGGGCCAAGGGCCUUGGAGAACAGCGGGGACUCCUCACGGGCCUCACCUGGAGCCUGACCCCCAGCACUGGGACGGCUGGCUGCCCCUGCUGACCAAUGGCCCCCAAGCCAGCUCCCUCUGGAGCCUCUUCGCUCCCAGUAGCCCUAUCCCAAGAUGUUCUGGUGAGAGUGAGCAGCUGAGAGCCUGCAGCCAAGCGCCCUGCCCCCCUGAGCAGCCAGACCCCCGGGCCCUGCAGUGCGCGGCCUUUGACUCCCAGGAAUUCAUGGGCCAGCUGUACCAGUGGGAGCCCUUCACUGAAGUCCAGGGCUCCCAGCGCUGUGAACUGAACUGCCGGCCCCGUGGCUUCCGCUUCUAUGUUCGUCACACCGAAAAGGUCCAGGAUGGGACCCUGUGUCAGCCUGGGGCCCCUGACAUCUGUGUGGCCGGCCGCUGUCUGAGCCCCGGCUGUGAUGGAAUCCUUGGCUCUGGCAGGCGUCCUGAUGGCUGUGGAGUCUGUGGGGGUGAUGAUUCUACCUGUCGCCUUGUUUCGGGGAACCUCACUGACCGAGGGGGCCCUCUGGGCUAUCAGAAGAUACUGUGGAUUCCAGCAGGAGCCUCACGGCUCCAGAUUGCCCAGCUCCGGCCCAGUUCCAACUACUUGGCACUUCGUGGCCCUGGGGGCCAGUCCAUCAUCAAUGGGAACUGGGCCGUGGAUCCCCCUGGGUCCUACACGGCUGGUGGGACUGUAUUUCAGUAUAACCGUCCUCCACGGGAGGAGGGCAAAGGGGAGAGUCUGUCGGCUGACGGCCCCACCACCCAGCCUGUGGACGUCUAUAUGAUCUUUCAGGAGGAAAACCCAGGCGUUUUUUAUCAGUAUGUCAUCGCUUCACCUCCUCCAAUCCUUGAGAAUCCCACCCCAGAGCCCCCUGUCCCCCAGCUUCAGCCCGAGAUUCUGAGGGUGGAGCCCCCACUAGCUCCAGCACCCCGCCCAGCCCGUACCCCAGGAACCCUUCAGCGUCAGGUGCGGAUACCCCAGAUGCCCGCCCCACCCCAUCCCAGGACACCCCUGGGGUCUCCAGCUGCAUACUGGAAACGAGUGGGAUACUCAGCGUGCUCAGCAUCCUGCGGGAAAGGUGUCUGGCGCCCCAUCUUCCUCUGCAUCUCCCGAGAGUCGGGAGAGGAACUGGAUGAACGCAGCUGCACUGCGAGUGCCAGGCCCCCAGCCUCCCCUGAACCUUGCCACGCCCCCCCGUGCCCCUCAUACUGGGAGGCUGGCGAGUGGACAUCCUGCAGCCGCUCCUGUGGCCCUGGCACCCAGCACCGCCAGCUACAGUGCCGGCAGGAGUUUGGGGGAGGUGGCUCAUCGGUGCCCCCAGAGCGCUGUGGACAUCUCCCCCGGCCCAACAUCACCCAGUCUUGCCAGCUGCGCCUCUGUGGCCAUUGGGAAGUUGGCUCUCCCUGGAGCCAGUGCUCCGUGCGCUGCGGCCGGGGCCAUAGAAGCCGUCAGGUUCGCUGUGUGGGGAACACCGGUGAUGAAGUGAGCAAGCAGGAGUGUGCGUCAGGCCCCCCGCAGCCCCCCAGCAGAGAGGCCUGUGACAUGGGGCCCUGUACCACGGCCUGGUUCCACAGCGACUGGAGCUCCAAGUGCUCAGCCGAGUGUGGGACGGGAAUCCAGAGGCGCUCUGUGGUCUGCCUCGGGAGCGGGGCAGCCCACGGGGUGGGCCAGGGUGAAGCAGGAGCAGGAACUGAGCAGAGCUGUCCACCAGGAAGCCGCCCCCCUGACAUGCGCGCCUGCAGCCUGGGGCCCUGUGAGAGGACGUGGCGCUGGUACACAGGGCCCUGGGGUGAGUGCUCCUCCGAAUGCGGCUCCGGCACGCAGCGGAGAGACAUCAUCUGUGUGUCCAAACUGGGGACGGAGUUCAACGUGACUUCUCUGAGCAACUGUUCCCACCUGCCCAGGCCCCCUUCCCUGCAGCCCUGUCAAGGGCAGGCCUGCCAGGACCGAUGGUUUUCCACACCCUGGAGCCCGUGUUCUCGCUCCUGCCAGGGCGGACUGCAGACGCGGGAGGUCCAGUGCCUGAGCGCCAACCAGACCCUCAGCACCCGAUGCCCUCCUCACCAGAGGCCCUCCAGGAAGCGCUCCUGUAACAGCCAACCCUGCAGCCAGCGCCCUGAUGAUCAAUGCAAGGACAGCUCUCCACAUUGCCCCCUGGUGGUACAGGCCCGGCUCUGCGUCUACCCCUACUACACAGCCACCUGUUGCCGCUCUUGCGCACAUGUCCAGGAGAGGUCUCCCCAGGAGCCCUCCUGAAAGGGGUCCGGGGCACCCCCAUGGUUUUCUAUGCCACCAUCGGUCACCCAGUGAUCAGCCCACUCUGAACCCCCUGGCUCUCCAGCCUGUCCCAGUCUCAGCAAGAAUGUCCUCCAGGUGAUGGGGGGUGGCAAGGUGACAGUGGCUUUCAGGGCUGUGGUGGGGCCUGUGUGGUGGUGUGCACAAACGCCCCCCAGGUGUGCAUCGGGGACUGCGUGGAUAUGUGUGUGCUCAAACGUGUAUCACUUUUCAAAAAGAAGUUCCACAGACUGAGGAGGACAAGACCUGUUUCCCUGAGACUCCUAGGCGGCGAGGAAAGCAAGUUUGCAGUUCCUUGCUAAUGCGGGCUGCUUAGAGGGUGGUCUCCCACCAACUCCAGUUUUGUGCUCUGAGCUUCAUUGCUCACGUUCAGGCCUCACAUCUAAACCGCCCUGAGUCUCUGACCCCUCCCUUCUCGUUUGCCCAGUAUCCCUGCCCCUGCCUCCCUGCUUAGCUAGGGCUGGGGUCAGCCACUGCCAAUCCUGCCUUACCGGGGAAGGCAGGAGGACAGAGACUGCCUCUCCAGAGCAAAGCCCGGCCGGGCAGAGGGUGGAAAAGAGAAAUGUGAGCAUGAGAAAUGUGACCGCAGCCCCAAGCCCCACGCCCUGCCUCCUGAAAUGGUUUCCACCCAGAACUAAUUUAUUUUUUAUUAAAGAUGGUUAUGACAAAUGAGAAA